AUGUUCUAUAGUAAACAACAACAAAAUACUUUGCCUUCACCACCUACUCAUCAACACACUAUGACAACAGAACAACAAAAAUACUGCACAGCCAUCAUCCGGAAUCUAAAGCGACACAGAGAUGCCGCACCUUUUUUGAAACCAGUAGACUAUAUAAAACUCAAUGUACCAGAUUAUCCAACCAUCAUUACGCAGCCCAUGGAUCUUCAGUUGGUAGAAAAGAAGCUGGCUGACUCAGAGUAUACAACCGUUGACGAUUUCAUCUCUGAUGUGAGGUUGAUCUUCCACAAUUGCCUCAAGUACAACGGUCCUGAGGCAAUGAUCUCUGUUUUGUGUCAAAAUGUAGAAUCUGCCUUUGAGAAGAGUUUACGACAAAUGCCACCAUCAAGCGCACCUAACACACCCAAGUUAUCUACACCUAAAUCAUCACCACCUGUCAAGAAGGAACCAUCGCCUCCUCUUAGCCAACACAACUCACCUCCCCCUCCACCUCUUGCUAGCAAAGUAUCAGAAGAGUCAACCAGACCUAAACGAGAAAUCCAUUGCCCAUCAAAAGAUUAUCCAGAAACGUUUACAACACAGAAAAAGCUUAGCAACAAUUCACCCAUGAAAUACUGUCUUCAGACCUUGAAAGAGUUGAAAAAGGUCAAGUAUCGACAAAUUGCUUAUCCAUUUCUUGAACCUGUCGAUCCCGUUGCAAUGAAUUUGCCAGACUACACCACGAUUGUUAAGCAUCCCAUGGAUUUAUCGACUAUCGAGAAGAAAUUAAUGAACGAUGAAUACGACGAUCCAGAAGGAUUUGAAAGCGACAUGACACUCAUGUUCAACAACUGCUAUCUCUAUAAUCCACCCUCUUUGCCCAUCUACACCAUGGCCAAAGAUCUUGAGAAGGUAUUCAGAGAUAAAUGGACACAAAAACCAGCAGAGCAUCGAAAGGUAGCUCAAAAGAGACCCUCACAACCGCAACCAUCCGGAUCACAAAAGAGACACUCUGUGGAUGUGGAUCAUGACCGCGAGGAAGAAGAAGAAGAAGAAGAGAUGGAUAACAGUGAUGAUAAAAUUGCGGAAUUGGAGCGCACCAUCAAGAACAUUGCAGAGCAAAUCAAAUCCAUCAAAUCUUCAAAGAAGGGAUCUUCAUCCAGCACAACAACACCAGCACCAAAGCGUCGUGGCCGUGGACCUAACAAGAACCCCACAAAGAAGAGAAGAGCCGAAGAAGCUGCUGCUGCUGCCAGACAUGCUGAUUCCGGUGAUGAAUACGAAGUAUUUACAUUCGAGGACAAGAAGAGAUUAAGUGAGCAAAUCAACGAGUUGACAGGUGAUGCCUUGAAUACAGUAGUUGAAAUAAUCCAGACUUCCAUGCCUCAUCUCGGCGAUGAUGACCAAGGAGAGAUUGUACUUGAUAUUGAUGCUCUGAACAAGGACACUCUACGCAAAUUGAGAGAUUUCGUCUCACCAAAGCCUACAAUCAAAACCAAAAAGCGCAAAUCAAAUUAUUCUGCCAAGGAAAGACGAAUCCAAGAACUCGAAAAGACAUUGGAAAAGUUUAAUCAGGUAGAUCCCAAUUACAAUUCAUCUUCUAGUGAGAGUGAUUCUGGCGAUGAUGAUGGCGGUAGUUCCUCUGACUCUUCAAGCUCUGAUUCUGACUAA